GAGGUGAAGGACAAGUAACGAAAUGCUUUAUAUAUGGUCACUGAUGCAUUGUUCAUCCCGUGUGAGCUUUAUCGUACAAUCUAUCUACAUGUAUCUACCCGAGCACGGGCUUGGGUCUCGUCGUGAACACGACGCGCGUGCGCGCGACGCCCACGACCUCGUACUUGGUCUGCUUGGCCUUGGCUUGGUCCAUGUCCUGGUCCUGGUCCUGGUCUCCAGCCACGACGGCGUCUCCGUCCCCGCCGUCCUUCUGCAGGAUGGCGAACGGUUUGGGCAGCUUGGCCACCUUCCCGGCCAGCACGUGGUUGCCGAUGCGCAGCGUGAUCUCGUUGCCGCCGUGGCCGUAGCGCAGCGUGCCCACAUCCAGCGCGCGCAGGUCCGGCUUAUCCGAGCCGUCUGCGGGCAGCAGGUCGCCCUGGAACUCGAGCAGACUCCACUCGCGCGCCGCCGCGUCCACCACCACGGGCACCAGCAUCCUUCGUGCCUCCUGCUAUAAUUAAUGAGCCCAUUUUAUCCAAAGCAAAAAUGGGUAACAUCACGUGGUCCACAUAGAAUACACACUUAGCUGACUACCUCCCUGACUACCCGGUAGACGUCCGCGCGGGCCGCUCAUUUCGGCAUUCCGGGGGUGACCAGACACACAGCCAAGAUGCUCGCUCUCGCUCGCUCCAAGGGCCUCAUGCGCGCAGCCAUGGGCGCGCGCGCCGCCAGCACGGUGGGCGCGGCGCUGGACGAGGCCGUGGCGCGCCUUCCGCACAAGGAGGCGCUGCGCAGCGUCAAGCAGGACGUGCGCUGGAGCUUCAAGGAGCUCAACGCGGCCGUGGACGAGCUGGCCAGCGGCUUCCUGGACCUGCAGUUCCGCGCGGGCGACGUGGUGGCGCUCUGGCUGCCCAACAGCGCCGAGAACGUUCUCACGCAGCUGGCGGCCGCGCGCGCGGGCCUCACGCUGGCCGUCAUCGAGCCGGAGGUGUCCCAGGCCGAGGAGCUGGCCUUCAUCCUGCACGACAGCCAGGCCGCGGGCCUCGUGUUCGAGCCCAAGCAGGCGGGCCGCAACCAGACGGAGAUCGUGCAGGGCCUCUUCCCGGAGCUCGCCACCUUCCGCGAGCGCAUGGAGGUGUUCCGCCCCAAGCAGUUCCGCCACCUGCACAGCGUCAUCACCACGAGCUGGGAGCCGGUGGAGGGCAUGAUCAAUCUCAACGGCAUGAUGGUCAACAACGCCGAGCCCUACGCCAUGAAGGCCGUGACCAAGACGCUGAGCGACAAGACGCCGCUCGCCGUCACGUACUCGAAGGUGGAGGGACAGAACCCCAAGAAGAGCGCGGUGCUCACGCACGGCGACCUGCUCAAGCGCGCUGAGAAGCUCGCCAAGAGCCUGAACCUGACCGCGUCGGACAAGAUCCUGCUCACGGGCGAGGAGGCUGGCCUUUCGCUGGGCCCGUUCGCCGCAAUUGGUCAAAGCUCGCAGGUCGUGCUGCCCUCCACGGAGUUCAGCGAGGAGGCCGUGCAGCAGGCCAUGAAGGUGGAGAACUGCAGUAUUGUAGGCAGCGGCCUUGAGAACUUCAAGCGCGUGUAAAUUUGGAGGCGCUACGAGGUGCAGCAAGCCCAUCGGAGGCGACAGAUACACAUAUUGUCACCUCAAACUACCCACCCGAGCAGAUGAAGAAAACCAACAAACAUGAAGCGAGAGUGAGUGAAGUAAGCGCUCGUUGGUU